AUGUUUAAAACACAAACAUUCAAAUCUAUAGAUUGUCCAUUCCAAGAUCGGUGUCAUCUUGGCGUUGAGAUAUGUCCUUUUCGACACAAAGACACAAGACAGCAGAUCUUUCAAGUUGCAGAUGAUCUGUCUUUUCUCUUUGGUAUACAAGAUAAACAACCACAACAACAACAAGCACAGACACAACAAGCACAGACAACCCUAUCUUCACCUUUACAACACCAACACCAGCAACAACAAAUACAGCCACAACAAGUACAGACAACUUUAUCUUCACCUUUACAACACCAACACCAGCAACAAAUUCCACAGGUACAAGUACAUCCACAAGUACAACCACAGCAACAGCAACAACAACAACCACUAGAUGAUAUAGGAUUCUUGUUUAAUCCUAAACCUGUGCAACAGUCGCCACAACAACAACAAACUACACCUCCCCUACCACAGCAACAGCAACAGCAACAACCACAACAUAGUCAACAAGCAUAUAAUAAUAACAACCCACAACAACAUAAUGGAAUGGAUAUCGAUAGAGUUAAUCAGCAGCAACAACAACAACAAAAUAAACAAGGUUAUCAACAGCCAUAUAACCAACAGCAACAACAACAGCAACCACAGGGAUAUAAUCAACAGUCGCAGCAGCAACAUGGAUAUAAUCAGCAACAACAGUCGUAUAGUCAGCAACCAGGUUACAAUCAACAACAACAAGGAUACCAGCAGCAACAACAACAACCAUAUAAUCAACAGCAAUCGGGAUAUAAUCAACAGCAAAACUACAAUCAGCAACAACAACAACCAUAUAACCAACAACAAUCGGGAUACAAUCAGCAGCACUAUCAACACCAGACACACAGUCAGCAACAUCAGCAGCCAUAUAACCAACAACAGCACUACCCACAACAGCAGCACCAGCAACCAUACCAACAACAAUCAAACAAUCAACAAUAUAAUGUAUACAAUCAACAAUAUCAGCAACAACCAUACCAACAACAACACCAGCAACAACAACAACAACCAUACCAACAACAGCAUCAACAAUCAUAUCAACAUCAACAUCAACAACCUUAUUCACAACAGCAACAACAACAACAACCACAGCAACAACAACAUCAUUAUCAACAGCAACAUCAACAACCUUAUUCACAACAAGACUAUGGUAAUCAUCAUCAUCAUCAUCAACAACAACAAUCACAACAACAUCACCAUCAUACACAACAUCAACAAUCACAAUCACAACAACAACAAAGUUCAUAUAAUCGACAAUAUUCUAGUCCAUCACCACAACGUUCACAACAACAACAACAAUCACAACAACCACAGGUACCAUCAAUUCAAGAUCCAAGAAAGAAAGCAGCACAACUACCUAUUCCUUACGUUAAACAACAACCCGAAGAUAGUAGCGAUAGUGAAGCAUCCUCUUCAGAGUCACAUUUGAAUCCACCACCUGCCACCGCCCGAAAAGUCAAGGCAAAAGUUAAAGACACCGCUACAUCUCAGCCACCAAAGAAAGUGCUCAAAUUCAACAACGACGACAACGGACAAGAGACCUCUUUACACUCAUCUACCGACUCUUUAAACAACACCAGCAGCAGUGGUGGUAGUAACGUCAGCAAAACACUACCACCCAAGAAACAAUAUAAAUUCGCCAGUACUGGUGAAACAGUAGUUGCCAACACCUAUCCCGUCCCGCUGAAACAGAUGAACUCUUCGACGUCGAUAACGAACGUACCGAUAAUGAUGACCACUGCAACAUCACCUACACUCGGUUCUUCAAAUAACUCACACUCACACUUACACUCACACUCACACUCACUCAAUACAAGUAACUCUAAUAUUAACAACAACAAUAAUAAUAAUACAACAGCACAAGCAUUGUCAUCAACACCUGUCAAACAAGAAGAAGAGAAAUCAACAACGACUACAACGGCAGCUGCAGCAGCACCACCCGUACUUGACGUACAGAAACUAAAGACAUCGAUAUGGAAUCCAUCGCUCAAGAACAUCCUCUCUAAGACACCGUCACAGGAGAUGCAAAAUAUCGUAUCGAACGACAACUACGACGUCACAAAGUGGAAAGAACUUGGCAUUGACAUUGCACUACUACCUACCAUACCAGCUGAAACAAGAGCUAAAGUACCAAGAUCUGUGAGGCAAUCUCAUACUGCAAUCGAUGCAUCGAAAUCCAUCGAGGAGAAACUGUAUUCCACUGCCACCAGUAAAAAUGUUGAAAAUGAAUUACCAAACUAUUUGAAGCAACUGUCUGGUUUAUCGAAUUAA